GGAUCAACUGAUGAACCAUUAUCACAACGAGGAGAAACUCCUAUAAACUUACUGAUACCAUCACUAUAGUGGACAACAGAGGGUUCGGACAAAAGAUGGAAAAACGAGGAGAUGGUUGCUUAUGCACAACUAGGUAAUUUUCUCCCCUUGGAUAAGGAAGUGGUGCUGACUAAGGACUUUGAUCAGGAUAAUGUCCCAGUUGGAGGAUUCUGACCUGACACCAAACUACACCGAUUUUAUUGUCCCCCAUAUUUGUUUACAGGUAUGGACACAUGGAGAGUUCUACAUAAAUUGUUAUAAAAUAUUAACUGAUGUAUUAUGU